AUGUUGGCCUUCAUUUUAGCACUCUUCUUCCUUCAGUUAUGCUCAACUAAUGCCGAAGCCGAAGCAGAGACUCAAAUCAAGGAUGAUUUAGGAGAAACUGAGGUCAAAAGUGAAACUGCAGUUAAAGACGAUACAAGUGAAAUUCAAAUCAAGAGUGAUACGGAUGAAAACCAAGGUUUUUUGAAUGUUUCUCAAUCGGUUCAUAUUAAUUUAUAUUCGUUAAGCAAGAGUAGCAAUUCAGAGUGCUGUGGAAUAGCAUCGUACAUUACCAGAUUAAUAAUUCAUCAUUUACCCGAAUUAUGCUUCCACCAAGAACCUAUAAAAAUAGAGGAAAAAUAA